AUGGGUUCACUCAGUGAAGCAAACAUCAAAUUCACUCAUGAUAUGUUUCAAAUUUUAAGAAAAUCAGAAGACAAUGUCUUCUUCUCCCCAUUGAGCAUCUCAGCAGCAUUCGCAAUGGUCUACUUAGGGGCCAGAGGAAGCACUGCACAAGAAAUUGAGAAGGUCCUUCACUUCAAUGAAAUCACAGAGAAGUCAACAGAAAAAACUAAACCUGAUGAUGUUAAAAAGUCAGGAAACAAUAUUCAUCACCAGUUUCAAAAGAUUAUGACUGAAAUGAAUAAAACCAGUGAUGCAUAUGAACUGAAGAGUGCCAACAAGAUCUACAAAGAAAAGACUUACAACUUUCUUGAGGAAUAUUUGGAUGGCCUUAAGAAAUUCUACCUAUCUGAUGUGGAAUCUGUUGAUUUUGUACGUAAUGUAGAAGAAAGUCGGAAGAAGAUUAAUACCUGGGUGGAAGAACAGACACAUGACAAGAUCAAGAACCUGUUUUCUCCUGGGAGUCUCCAGAGUGAUACUAAAAUGGUUCUGGUGAAUGCAAUCUAUUUCAAAGGGCAGUGGGAUCUGAAAUUUAAAGAAAAAUAUACUGAAGAAGGAAAAUUUUGGGUCAACAAGGAUAUGAGCAAAUCUGUGAAGAUGAUGUAUCAAAGCAGUUAUCUAAAAUUUGCCUCCUUGGAAGAUGUACAGGCGAAGAUCCUAGAAAUCCCUUAUAAAGGCAAAGCUCUGAGUAUGGUUGUGCUGCUCCCAGAUGAAGUAGAUGGACUAAAGAAGCUUGAAGAUAAGCUUACUGGUGAGAAAUUAAUGGAGUGGACAAGCCUCCAGAAUAUGGAAAUGCUGAAGGUGGAUUUACGCUUACCUAGGUUCAAAGUAGAGGAGACCUAUGACCUCAAAAACAUAUUGCAAGACAUGGGAAUGAUUAAAGCCUUCAAGUCACAGGAUGCUGACUUUUCAGGGAUGACUGGAAAUAGGGAUUUAGUGUUGACUAAGGCUGUGCACAAGUCCUUUGUGGAGGUUAAUGAAGAAGGGACAGAAGCUGCAGCUGCUACUGGAGUUGCAGUGGGUGUCACUUCAUUGCCAACAUACAACAUCUUCCAUUGUGAUCACCCUUUCUUAUUUUUCAUCAAAGGAAAUGAAGAUAAUAGAAUCCUCUUCUUUGGUAGAGUCUCUUCCCCUUAA